AUCAUAAUUACUAUUCUCCAAUCAACACUCGCGAUUUAGGUUGUAAAAAAAUUUACUCCUUUUCAUAGAAAACCCACAAAUAUAAGGUUUACAAUUACUAGAAGGAAAUUCGUUUGUAAUAAUUGCAUGAUUUUAAAAUAUUUCACGAAUAUUUUUUAUAUUCUAUUUCGAUUUUAAAAUGAAAUUGUUUCAUGUCUUAUUAUUCACAUUUUUAAGUUUACAUUUUACUAAUGCUAGGCGUAAAAGUAGAACGUUAAUUGAUAUGACUUAUGUAUUUGAUGAAACUACGCUGCGUUAUCCAGUAUUCAGCAAAUACAAAAUUGAAAAAUUAGUUAAAGGUCCCAACAAAGAUUUGGUAACAAAAUGGCUUCAAUAUGAUUAUUUCUCAACCUACCCACGCACACUGGUACGCACAUGGAUGCUCCGGCACAUGUUGUCAAAGGAGAAAUUACUGUUGAUGAGAUACCAGCCCGUUCCUUCUUCGGGAAAGCAGCAGUCAUCGACAUAACUAGAAAAGCAUCACUUAGUCCUGACGCUGUAGCUACCGUUGAGGAUGUCAUGAACUGGGAACGCACUACACAGAGGAGUUUGAAUGGGACAAUAGUUUUAUUGAACUCUGGUUGGGGCCACAAAUGGAACGACCGUGAUGCUUUUCUCGGAUCCACAAGCGAUGACACCUCAACAUUGCAUUUUCCAGGAUUCUCACCAGAAGCUUGUAAGUGGAUGACGGAGUAUAGAAGUAUCAAAGGAGUGGGCUCUGAUACCGCGUCCAUUGAUCCAGGUACCAGCACCAGUUCACCCUGCCACGGUUAUGUACUAAGGCAUAGAUUGUUUAUAUUAGAAAAUGUAGCCAAUAUUGGUGAAAUUCCAAUUUCAGGUGCUACACUUUAUGUAUUUCCAAUGAAAAUUGGUAAAGGUAGUGGGGCACCAACUCGAAUAGUUGCAUCAGUGCGUAUUAAAAAUUGAUGAAUGCGAGCAGUUUCAAUGGGGAAAACAAAAAAAGAGGGUUCGAAAAUUAUGAAACGAAAUCAAGUUGCGCUAUAAAGAAUUAAAUAUUUAUAGUCUAACUAAUAAUGGUGCGAAAAAUUGGAUAUACGAUUCAACCUCUCGGGAGCGACCACCCUCUGUUCCACAGUAAAAUUCUCGUUAAUGGAGGUUGGUCGUUCUUAGGGGUUAUCUCCAUUGAUUUCAAAAUGCUAUAGAACGUACUUGAUUUUUGCAAGUGAUUUUUAUUUUACUCAGUGUCAUUUCCUUGGAGCGGAAAUUCCACUCGUGUAGGCGUAAUGAAAACCAGAUCGAUGAACAAAACUCAUCGUCGAUAAAAAUGAUCCAUACUGAUAUAAUUAUGAGUAAAAACAAAUUUUUCAAUUAUGAAUAAGAGAACUAUUUUUAAAUCAAUAAACAAUUACGUUUUU